UAAGACGACGACGUUUUUCUUUAUCUCUCUGUAAAACCUCGCAAAGCAUCUUUACAUUUCCCGCGCUCUUUCUCGAUGUCGAUCAAGCUUCUCGUUCUUGUUUUCUCUCUUCUGAUAAUCUUCACGAGACCCAAAUUGAUCGCCGAUCAUCACUUAACUACAAGAAUCUCUCCGUUUUAUCCUUCGAUUCCGCCGUUUUUACCUCCAUCGCCGUCGCUCAGAGCCCAAUCUCCGGUGGUGAAGCCGUCUUUGCCUUUUGUACCGGCGUUGUUCGUGUUCGGAGAUUCUUCUGUAGAUAGUGGAACCAAUAACUUUCUUGGAACCUUGGCGAGAGCAGAUCGGCUUCCGUACGGUAGAGAUUUUGAUACGCAUCAACCAACGGGAAGGUUUUGCAAUGGAAGAAUCCCAGUUGAUUAUCUAGCUGAUCGUCUAGGCUUACCAUUCGUUCCUAGCUAUCUUGGACAAACUGGGACUGUUGAAGACAUGUUUCAAGGAGUAAACUAUGCAUCAGCUGGUGCUGGAAUCAUCUUAUCAAGUGGAUCCGAACUGGGCCAGCGGGUUUCAUUCGCGAUGCAGGUUGAGCAGUUUGUUGAUACAUUCCAGCAGAUGAUACUGAGUAUUGGGGAGGAGGCUUCGGAACGUUUGGUCUCAAACUCGGUUUUCUACAUAUCGAUUGGAGUGAAUGAUUACAUACAUUUCUACAUCAGAAACAUCUCCAAUGUGCAGAAUCUCUAUACUCCUUGGAAUUUUAAUCAGUUCUUGGCUUCUAAUAUGAGACAGGAGCUCAAGACCCUGUACAAUGUUAAAGUGAGGAGGAUGGUGGUGAUGGGACUGCCACCUAUUGGCUGUGCACCAUACUACAUGUGGAAAUACAGGAGUCAGAACGGAGAAUGUGCAGAAGAAGUGAACAGCAUGAUCAUGGAAUCCAACUUUGUCAUGAGAUACACUGUAGAUAAACUCAACCGUGAACUUCCAGGCGCAUCCAUUAUCUACUGCGACGUGUUCCAAAGCGCUAUGGACAUCCUCAGGAACCACCAACUCUACGGUUUUAAUGAGACAACAGAUGCGUGUUGUGGGCUAGGGAGGUACAAAGGAUGGCUUCCAUGCAUCUCACCGGAGAUGGCUUGCUCCGACGCCUCCGGUCAUCUAUGGUGGGACCAGUUUCAUCCUACAGACGCCGUUAACGCUAUCCUCGCCGACAAUGUAUGGAAUGGUCGUCACGUGGACAUGUGUUACCCUACUAACCUAGAAACUAUGCUUCACUCUUAAAUAAAUCAGCUGAGAAAAUAAAAAUGUACAUAAAAAACAUAGUGUAAAGUGUAAAUGACCUUUGCAAUAUUGUUUUUUUUUGGCCCCAUAGUGCGUAAAAGAAACCUAUGGGGUCUUUCUAACUAAA